CAAAAAAUUUAAGAGCUAGAAUUUUUUAGGAUGCCCCUCCAUAUCUUCAAAUUGUGUAAUUGCUAGUUAAAAAUGAAAUGAAAUCGAAUGCUUGGAAACUCAGAAACUCUGCGACCAGGGUAUAAAGCCAGUGAUUUCAAAAUUUCUGGGGUCAAAGCAGAGCAUGACAUUCUAUUAUGUCGAAAAACUUUAGCCGGAUCAUGAAAAAAAUACCCAGUUUCUCAUAUUCAACGCAGUUUUUGGUUUUUGCAAACGCACUAAUUGCAGAGACAUCCAAAAUUACAGGAGAAGGCUUUCUGAGUUACAGCAACAGAUCACAUAGAGACACUUGGAGUAGCGGGGUGACUUCUGCAAAGGAGCUGGAGAUGCAGCUGCUCGACUACGGGGGUUUGUCAUUACGAGGUCUGUAUUUGCAUCUUUGGGACCAACAUUCUAUUUUCCAUUGUUCACUUGUCUGGAGAAGGCAACUUUCUUCAUUAUCAAACGAAGCUUUUCAAGCAGCUGGUAGAUAUAAGCUUCUUGACUGUGGACAGCAAUCUGAAAUUUGUAUUCUUAGAGGAAGCAUACAAAUGUGCAUAGCUCAGGUGUGUGACAUCAUAAGUAAAUUCAAAUGGGGUUCUGAUAUGGAACAGGCACUUGAAAAUGUCGGCUGUUGUAUUCAUCCAGUAUCUAUUACAGAGGUAUUGAAGAGACAGAAGGAUAUAGAAACAGCACUGAAUUACUUCAGAUGGGCACGAAGUCAAACAAAUUUCAAACUUAGUUCAAAGGUGUAUGAUCCUCUCCUCUUAAUGCUGGCAAAUAACAUGCAAACCAACAAACUGCAAAGUCUACUCAAGGAUAUGAGUACGGAUGGAAUUGAACCAUCAAUUACUUCCUUUGUAGAAGUUGUAAAGAUCUAUACCAGUGUUAGAAUGCUGAGACAAGCUGUUGAUAUAGUACAUACCAUGAGAGAGAUGAAAUUUCAGAACGCAUUUUCUUCUUAUGAAAUUGUCAUUAGUGCUCUUGCUGAGGCUUGUGAAACAAGCAUGGUUCUUUCCAUGUUGAGAGAAAUAAAGGAGAUGGGAUACACGGUGAGCUCUCAUCUCUUUUCAACUUUAGUUCGUGCAUUUGCCAUGGAAGGAAAUUAUGAUGCCGCACUAUCCUUUUUAGAAGAAAUGAAAAGUAAUUCUUAUAAUGAGGAUGUUGUAUUAUACAAUGCCUGCAUAGAUUGUUUUGUGAAGGUGGGCAAAUUGGAUAUUGCUUGGCGAUUUUUUCAUAAAAUGAAGGAACAAAGCAUUGCACCAGACGAUGCAACAUAUACAAUCAUGAUUAGUGCUCUUUGCAAGGCAAAUAAAUUAAAUGAAGCUGUAGAGUUGUUUGAGAACAUGGAACUCAUGAGGAAGACUCCAUGUGUUUUUGCAUACAACACAUUGAUAAUGGGAUAUGGAGCUUCUGGUAAGUUCCUUGAAGCCUAUGCUUUACUAGAAAGAAUGAGAGAUAAAGGGUGCAUACCAAAUGUGAUAUCCUAUAAUUCUCUUCUUACAUGCCUGAGAAAGAGAGACAAAGUGGAUGAGGCCUGUAUGCUUUUCAAUGAAAUGAAAAAGGAUGCAGAACCUAAUUUAUCUACUUACAAUAUUCUUAUUGACAUCCUAUGUAAGAAAGGCAAAUUAGAUGAAGUUUAUAAAAUGCAGGACGAAAUGGCACGGGCAAAUCUGUUCCCCAAUUCAAUCACAUCGAAUAUAAUUAUUAAUAGACUUUGCAAGUCUUUGAAACUGUUUGAAGCCUGCAACGUUUUUGAGGGCAUGAGAGCCAAAGGUUGUACUCCAGAUGAAGUAACAUAUUGUUCUUUGAUUGAUGCAUUUGGCAGGCAAGGGAAGGUUGAUGAGUCUUACAGAUUAUUUGAAAGAAUGCUAAAAGAGGGUCUUACCCCCAAUGCUAUGGUGUACACAUCCCUGAUAAAAAACUUCAUUAGGUGGGGUAGAACAUACAGUGGGCAUGAAAUUUACAAGGACAUGGUCCAGAGAGGUUGCAAACCAGAUAUUAUUUUGUAUAAUGUAUACAUGGACUGCAGCCUUAGAGCAGGGGAAAUUGACAAGGUCCAUGACAUAUUUAUGGAAAUAAAAGAACAUGGAUGUGUCCCAGAUGUUCGAUCCUACUCUAUUUACAUGCGGAGUCUCUCAAAGUCUGGUAAUAUAUCUGCCGCAUCUGACCUUUUUUAUACUAUGAGGAAUCGAGGUUAUGAGCCCAAUGCUUUGUCAUUUAAUAUUGCAAUUGACUGUUUAUGCAAGUCAGGAAAACCAUGUGAGGGAUAUCAAGUCUUUGAGGAGAUGAGAGCCAAAUGUCAUUUUCCUUGUAUGGUUACUUAUAUGGUGCUCAUAAAUGGACUUCUUAAGGAAGAUAAACUGGAUAAAGCAUUUAAUGUUUUCAAACAAGCAAAAACCCACGGUGUGCUCUUGAAUAUGGUGGUCUAUGGUAACCUUAUAAAUGGCCUUGGAAAGGCUGGCAGAAUAAAUGAGCUAUUUUUUGUUAUGGAAGAAGCUCUGCAGAAAGUUUUUAUCCCGGAUCCACAUACUUGGAGUUGCCUGCUUGAUGCUCUUGUUAAGUCACAGGAGAUAACAAUACAUUAGUAUGUUUUUCUAAUCAUGUAAGAUUCAAAAUGCACAGCAAAUGCAGUAGCAGACGGUAUUCUCCUUGGUGGCCUCUGGAGGCAAAAAAAGCUUACAAAAAGUUGUGCUGUGGAAAAAAAGAUCAAGUUAGGUCUCGUUGCUAUAUUGAUGCAUAUACAUACAAUGGUUUUUCAAAGAGGGCAGCAAAGGUAAAUGGAACAUUUGAUUUCUUUGAAGAAUCUGAAGGAAAAGGAGGUGAGCAUGAUUCAGCUUGGUAUAAUGCCAUGAAAAUAGAGAAUGGAAGCUUAUGAAAUAUUUGAAGAGGCAAACAUUAAGAGGAUAAAUGAAAGGACUCGUCUAAUAUUCCUUUAUGCACUUCACAGGGCCGAAAAGAUUGAGCAUGCUGCUAGAGUUGGUUCUAUGAUAAGGGGAAGCCAGAAAAUUGCAGCACAUUGUAAAAUGUUUAUAAAUUUAAUACCAUGAAUUGUAUAACUAGUUAUUUGAUUUUGACAGUGAAGAGUUCAUUGUUGUUUGUCUGGGGAAUCCAACUAAUUAGUUCACAAGUAUACAAUUAAUUCUAUAAAAAAUAGAUACACAACAAGAGUAAAUGUGAAAAAUAACAUAAGUAAAUGCUGAACAUGAAAAUUGUGUUCCCACAGCUCU